AAAGUUUUGUUUUGAAAAAAUGUUUCAUCAAAGAUUCCUACUCUACUUUGGUGGACCCCUGAGUUUCCUUCUCAUGAAAUAGAAUUAAGCUGUCCAAAUUAUACUUAUUGCAAUGUUCUAAGUGACAAAAACAAAGCAAGACAUUCAGAAAUUGAUGCUUAUUUGUUUUAUGGAAGUGGCAUGAAUUUGAAGAAUUUACCAAUGCCCAGAAAUGUUGAUAAACACAUUUGGGGUUUGUUCCAUGAAGAGUCACCAAGAAAUGUUCCCGAGCUCAUGCAUCCACCAUUCCUGCAGCUCUUUAAUUACUCUGCAACAUUCAGCCGGCACAGUGAUGUUCCACUAACUCUGCAGUACUUGAAGACAAUUGAAGAUAUCACAAGUAAUGAAUAUUUUAUUAGUACAAAGGAAAAGAACUCCCUCCUGUCAAGCAUAGCCCCAAUACUGUUUUUGCAAUCAGAUUGUGAUACAGCCACAGAAAGAGAGCUAUAUGUAGAGGAACUGAUGAAACAUAUUGCUGUAGAUUCUUAUGGGACUUGCUUGAACAACAGAGAGCUACCUCAUCAAUUCCAAGAAGAUUACUUAAAUAAACUAGAUGAUAGUGAUUUCUUGAAAUUCAUUGCACGCUACAAAUUUGUGAUAGCCAUAGAGAAUGGAGUUUGUGAAGACUAUAUCACAGAGAAAUUGUGGAGGGCAUUAAAAGUUGGGACAGUUCCUAUCUACUUUGGGUCUCCAUCAGUUACUGACUGGUUACCUAAUAAUAAAUCUGUAAUACUCCUCACUGAAUAUCCAACACCCACAUUGAUGGCAAGCCAUGUACGGAAUUUGUUGGCCAGUGAUAGAAAAUAUGAGGAAUAUUUAGAACACAAGUUGAAAAAAAUAAUCACAAACAAAAGAUUGAUACUGGAAUCUGAGACUUAUCCCUACCAGAGUGAUACUUUAAUGGCUGUAAAUGAGUUUGAAUGUUUAAUUUGCCAGAUAGUACAUGAAAGAAGAAAGGGUGUACAAAAGCAGUCCAUUGUAUCUAAAAAGCAUUAUGAUUGCCCCAAACCCAUGUCUGCUCUAACACUAUCUGCUAAUGACAGAAACAGUUGGAUUUAUACUUGGGAAGUAGCAUUGAAUACUGCAGAAUCGAUUUAUCAAAAAGUUAUGAAUACAAGGUAUUAG